CAAGCGCACGCUCCUUCAGUCUGUUCUUCAUUGUUCUGCUAUUCCACCUGUAAGCGAUCUGACAUGAACCAAGUGGAUAUUAUGGACACAGUAUAAAAAAAAAUAUUUUUUAAAUACACACUUUAGUCUUUGUGUAAGCCACACCGACCCGUAGUAGAAUGAGUAUCCCUGACUGUGGGCUUUGGAGGCGGUAUUGUCUUUGGAGUUGAACAUUGUUCUACAAACGCUCUCCCCGGUGCAUGCUCUCCAACACGGACACCGCGAAGCCCUAAAGGGAAGGCUUGCUUUAUUAGACUUUCCCUUCUCAUUCGACGACACCUUUCUAAGACUGCUAUGACGUCUCGCAGGUGGUUCCACCCCAACAUCACCGGCAUCGAGGCAGAGCAGCUCCUCUUGACCCGGGGGGUCCAUGGCAGUUUCCUAGCCCGGCCGAGCAAGAGCAACCCGGGAGAUUUUACUCUCUCUAUCAGGCGGAACAAUGAGGUCACUCACAUUAAGAUCCAGAACUCAGGGGACUACUACGACCUGUAUGGAGGGGAGAAGUUUGCCACGCUAGCAGAGCUGGUGCAGUACUACACAGAGCAGCACGACCUCCUCAGAGAGAGGAACGGAGACGUCAUCGAGCUCAAGUACCCACUCAACUGUAAGGACCCCACCUCCGAGAGGUGGUACCACGGGCACCUCUCUGGGCGCGACGCUGAGAAGCUGCUCAUGGACAAGGGCAAGCCUGGCAGUUUCCUGGUACGGGAGAGCCAGAGCAAACCAGGUGACUUUGUGCUCUCUGUCCUCACCAACGAGGAGAAGCACGAGAACGUAGACCGCAAGACCAAGGUCACCCAUGUCAUGAUUCGCUACCAGCAGGAUGGGAAGUAUGACGUAGGCGGAGGAGAGAGGUUUGACACGCUGGCUGACCUGGUGGAUCACUACAAGAAGAACCCCAUGGUGGAGAAGAGUGGAAUUGUUGUUCACCUCAAACAGCCCUUCAAUGCCACCAGGAUAAAUGCAGCCAACAUUGAGAACAGGGUGAAGGAACUAAACAAAGUGGCAGACAACUCAGAGAAGCCCAAACAGGGAUUCUGGGAAGAGUUUGAGGUGCUACAGCAGCAGGAGUGUAAGCUCCUCUACCCUAGGAAAGAAGGGCAAAGAGCAGAGAACAAGAGUAAAAACAGAUACAAGAACAUCCUCCCUUUUGACACCACACGGGUGGAGAUCAGGGAAGCAGACACAGAUGUGCCUGGCUCCGACUACAUCAACGCCAACUACAUCAGAAGUAUGCAUGAAGAGGGCCGCCACGUGGAGGAGGGCAAGGUGUUCAUCGCCACCCAGGGCUGCCUUCAGAACACGGUGGUGGACUUCUGGAAGAUGGUCUAUCAGGAAAACACACACGUCAUUGUCAUGACCACCAAGGAGAUGGAGAGAGGACGGAACAAGUGUGUGCGUUACUGGCCCGACCUCAACGCCACUAAGGAGUUUGGGAAAGUGAGUGUGAAGAACGUGGAGGAGUGUCCGGCUCAGGACUACAUCCUAAGGGAAUUGGAGGUGACGCGUUUGGACAGGAGGGAGCUGGUGCGGUAUAUCCGGCACUACCAGUAUCUGAGCUGGCCUGACCAUGGCGUGCCCAAUGAGCCUGGGGGAGUGCUCAGCUUCCUGGAGCAGGUCAACCGCACGCAGAGCGCCAUUCCAGACACCGGGCCAAUUGUGGUCCACUGCAGUGCAGGAAUUGGGAGAACAGGCACCAUAAUUGUCAUUGACAUUCUCAUUGACGUCAUCAACAGACAAGGAUUAGACUGUGAUAUCGACAUCCCUAAGACCAUCCAGAGGGUCCGUCAGCAGCGAUCAGGCAUGGUGCAGACGGAGGCCCAGUAUAAGUUCAUCUACAUGGCCGUCCAGCAGUACAUUGACACAGCACAGAAGAGACUGGAGGAGGAACAGAGGAACAAAACGAAGGAGAGGGAGUACUCCAAUAUCAAAUACCCCCAGAUGACCAACGCCCGGUCAAAACCCAACAUGACUUGUGUGUCACGCUCCUCCUCUGUGGUGACAAAUGACAACCCGUCCAGUGUGUAUGAGAACUUAAACAUCAAGAACCCAAAGACCUCUGGGAGCAGCAGUAACACCAGGAGGUAAAGUCCAGCCACGGACCUCUGCCUCUCUCAACCUCUCUUUUCAGCAGAGGUGCCGCUUCGCCAGCGCCUGAUCCAUGGGAGGCCUGUGGAGCUCUGGCCCCGGACCCCCUGGCGGUGGACCCUACCUGGGGUGAAGGUGGAGGUCCUGACCCCUAGUCUCUCCCCUUCUGCUGCCCUGCUGGCUGUCUGGAGCAUUCCCCCUCCACGGAGAGAGGGGUGUAGCGCAGGGUUCUUGUCCUUCUAUCUUCAACCCCCACCCCUCUCUCUCUCUAUGACCUCCACAUGACUUCAUGUCUCUUCUACAGGCUCUACCGUUUACUGACAGUGCCUUGUCUACAGACGUGUCUGUAACCCCCCUUCCUCCUCCCACAGUUGUUCCAUCUCACCACCCAAACCCCCUAUCCAUCAACCAUCCCACCAGCCCAACAAAUGUCCUUUGCUUAUUUCUGUUGACUCAAACUAAAUCGACAAAAGAAACAAACCAUUGUGUACUCUUGUGUGAUAUCAAUGUUUAAGUGAUGCUUUGCUCUGUCGUGUUCCAUCGUGAGGUGGAUGGGACAAGAAAGGAUGAAGCUAAGCCAUUUCUCUUCUCACUCUCAGAAUUCGCUCCUCUCUCUGCUGGCUCUCAUCUACUUGAAUCAAAGACUUUAGCAAUGUUCUAUUCUUGCUAGCAGCAGUCAUUACUGCAGUGUUGAGCGAUUUUACCACGUGAGGCACUGGCGCAGACAAGCUUACUCCUUACUCAACCCUCUCCCAUACCUUCAUUUUGAAAGUUGAGGAAAGUCAGGGUAUUCACAAUGGCCCUUUGUCAGUGAGUUUGGGUUAUAAAAAAAAAAGUGGAUAUUUUCCAUUUCUAUACAGGGAAGUAUUUCUUCAAUAUAGUUUGAGAUGUACUUGUUUAUCCCACCUGUCCCGCCGAUGGUCUCUUGUGCCAAUAGAAGACGUGCAUGCUCAUCUACUUUAGUGAUUCCACCAUUACAGUUGCUGAGCGCCUAUUCAGUCAAUAAUAACAAGCUCCUCUCCAGACUUACUCAUGAAAUGUUUCUAUUUAUUUAGUUUGAAUCGGUGUCCUUUCAAUUGAUUGUUUAUUUUAUUGUUAUUAUUGGUGUGAUUUUGUAAUGCACAGGAUAUGUUUAUGUUUUUGUUUAUUGGGGAAAAUGAAAAAGCGGUGUAAUAUUGCCUCCAAAGGAAGAAAGAUCCAAUUCCAUUGUUAUGAAUUGACAAAAAAAGCACAAUUUUCUGCCCCGCACUUGCUCUGCAGAUCCUGGUUGAUAUGCGGGAAAUUAACAUAGUUUGAGGUCAACGUUGGCCUCAGAGAAAGUCUGCAAAGGUUUUCAUCCUAAUCGAAUGACAUAACAAACAGGGUUAAACAUCUGCCAAGCGAGAGAUGGGAGAAGAUGGGAGAGGAUAGGAGAGAAGUCCGGAUUCUAGCCUGGCUCACUGACAUGGGCUGCCAUCGCUGAAGUCUUUAGCCAAACAUUACUGGGCCAGAUGGCCUACAGCCCAAGAUUAAAUCAUAGAUUUAUCUCCAAAAAGCAAUCUACAAGAUGGCUAUAAUCCAGGCUUGACGAUGGUGGGAGUAAAAACCUACGUCAGUGAUGAUGUCAUAAGGAGGGAGGCGCCGCACAGCAAAGAGCCUUCUGUAAUAUAUUUUGACAUAUACAUGUACAUAAUGGGCAGUGGCUUCUUUCUGACAGACGUCAUGCUAACUAUUCUUAGCAUUUUGCAUAAAAAUAUAAUGUUGAAAAUGUUCGCACUGGAUUUAGCCAGCGGCACAAUGAUGUCAUCCUUUUGAACAAGCCAGUUGUUUGGCUACAUAGAGGUUGUGUUACCUGCUGUGUGAGUCGGGCUGUACUUGUACAUGGUUCAUGCCUUUUUAACUAAGGCUUGGCAGCACAUCUGAGGGCUGCACUUGCUACAUCGUCCCUUGCUCGUCCUAACACCAAUGCAGUAACUUUCAGUAAUACUGAAAGUAUGAAUUUUCAGUAUUUCCCUUUUAGCCGAAAUGUCUGUAUUUCAGAAAGCACAGCUAAAUCAGUCCUAAUAGGAUACGUCAUUCUCGAUAUUGUAUUCAUGCUACACUGAACUCCAAAAGUAUUGGGACAGUGACACAUUAUUUUUGGUUUUGGCUCUGUACACCAGCACUUUUUACCAUGAUUACGGAUAGUCCUGAAUGAAUCGUGAAUAAUGAUGAGUGAGAAAGUUAGACACACAAAUAUCAUUAUCCCCCCCAGAAUGCUAAC